UGCUUGCCGAGGCCCGCUGCCUGACUGCAGCCUCUCCUUCCUGUAAGACCGGUUGAGGAAGUGAAUUUCGCUGACAGGGCUGGGUUCACUGAGGGAGAGGCGAACAAAACAUCUACCACAGGGGGGACUGACAACAAAACAAGAAAAAAAACACAACAAGCGGCGAGAGGAGCGGUUUGACAAACCAUUCGAAGUCUAUAAGGCGUACAGUCACCUGUGAAAUCCAUCUCCCCUGCCCCACUGAGAUCGCCGCAGACAUGAGUGAACAGCAGUUGGACUGUGCCCUGGACCUGAUGAGGCGUCUGCCUCCUCAGCAGAUCGAGAAGAACCUCAGUGACCUCAUUGACCUGGUUCCCAGUCUGUGUGAGGACCUUCUCUCCUCUGUGGACCAGCCCCUGAAGAUUGCCCGGGACAAGGCAGUGGGGAAAGACUAUCUGCUCUGUGAUUACAAUCGGGAUGGUGACUCCUACAGAUCCCCAUGGAGCAAUAAGUACGACCCGCCCAUUGAUGACGGCGCCAUGCCUUCAGUUCGCUUGAGGAAACUGGAGAUCGAAGCCAAUAACGCCUUCGACCAGUACAGAGACCUGUACUUUGAGGGUGGCGUGUCGUCAGUGUACCUCUGGGAUUUGGACCAUGGCUUUGCUGGAGUCAUUCUAAUCAAAAAGGCCGGGGAUGGAUCUAAAAAGAUCAAAGGGUGCUGGGACUCCAUCCACGUGGUGGAGGUGCAGGAGAAGUCCAGCGGACGAACUGCUCACUACAAACUCACCUCCACCGUCAUGUUGUGGCUGCAGACAACCAAGAGCGACUCUGGCACCAUGAACCUGGGGGGCAGCCUCACAAGACAAACGGAGAAAGAUGAGACAGUUGGAGAGUCCUCGCCCCACAUCGCCAACAUCGGCCGCCUUGUAGAGGAUAUGGAGAACAAGAUUCGCUCCACGCUGAAUGAAAUCUACUUUGGGAAGACCAAGGACAUUGUCAACGGACUUAGAUCUAUUGAGUCUUUGCCUGAUAACCAAAAGUACCGGCAGCUCCAGAAGGAGCUGUCGCAGGUCCUCACCCAGCGUCAGAUCUUCAUUGACUAGGGUCGCAGGUACAGCCUGUGGCAUGGGCAGUGUUGCACGCGUGUGGAAAAAUGUACAAACAGGAGUAACUUGCGCAGACGGAUAUUGUUCCUGUUCAAAAUCUCACUCAAGUGGAAAUCACUGAUGGCGCCUGUGAGGAAGCAAAUGUCACUAACCAUGUCUGAUUAUUCAAAGCAGACCAGCCUGAUGUUUAUUAGCAGUUUUUUUGUCUGUGUUUGUGUAUGUGUUAAGCACUUUACUAACUUCUUAUUUGAGCAAAAUGGUUCAAAAGUUGCACAACAUGUUGAGCUCCGGAAAACAGAAGGCAAGCUUUUUUUCAUUAAUGAGUGUUUGUUCGCAGUAAAAAAAAAAAAAAUUAAAAAAAAAAUCAUUUGUAGACUGAUUUAGUGCAACUGCGCUGCAAAGACCUGGAUCAAAUAAAGAAACAGCAGGCUCAUAUCCAGUGGGUUAUGUUGGAAGGGAUACUUACGUUCAUAUAAGUGCAUUAUAUAUCUCAUUUUUCAAUGUAAAUAAUAAUUAGGGGUGCAUGAGAAAGUGGAAAGGAAAACGUAGCUUUUACCACAUGGUCAUUCAUGAACAAAUAUGUUGCACACACUGCAGCAACAUGUUACAAGAGCGUAAAGGAGCAAACUGCUCACACCAACGGGUGAGUGGUGUAAUGGACCUUGUAACGCGCAUGCAGAGGCAGACAUGUUUACGAAUGCUUAAAGGAAAACUGCACUUUUUGGGGGGGAAAAGGUCAUUCCGCCUGAAUCAUUUUUUUAUGAACUUUUGAAAAACUGCGAGGGCGCGAUGUUCAAACCACGACGUAGCGAAGGACUGCUGUAUUCUUCCACAGAUUGCCGUCUUCUUCCCUCGUCUUGUUUUGGCACACACUGACUGUUUGUCCUGUUUGUCUCU